AUGUCGACUGAGAGUACCAAAUAUUGGAGUAGAAUCAACACUGACCCUUUGAAAGUCAAUUCGUGUGAACCGAUUCAUGUCUUAGUUACUGGUGCAGCUGGUCAAAUAGGGUACAACUUAACGUUCUUAAUAGCACAUGGGUUAAUGUUUGGUCCGAGUCAGACAGUAGUUCUUCAUUUGUAUGAUAUAGUAGUCGAAGCGAUGGAAGGCGUCAGAAUGGAAAUCACUGAUUGCUGUUUCCCAUUAGUUAAAGGAGUUGUUGCAUCAAAUAAGACUGAAGUAGCCUUUAAAGAUGUUGAGACUGCUAUCUUAGUUGCUGGGAUGCCAAGAAAGGUUGGGAUGGAACGAAAGGAAUUGAUUGGUAUUAAUACACGUAUUAUGAAGGAACAAGCACUUGCUCUGAAGAACUACGCGAGCCCAGAUGUCAGAGUCUUGGUCGUUGCAAAUCCGGCGAAUACUAACGCGCUUGUCGUCGCAAACAACGCUGGCAUCGAUGUCAAGCAAAUCACGUGUUUGACUCGACUCGACCAGAAUAGAGCAAUCGCACAAAUAGCAUUGAAACUCAAUGUCAAUGUCGAAGACGUUAAAGACGCAUUUGUGUGGGGAAAUCACUCGGAAAAGCAGUGUCCUGAUAUCUACCACGCUACACUCUCUACCCCUCUUGGCUAUAAAAAAGUCACUGAAAUAGUCGAAGCGUCUUGGUUGGAAGCAUUCAACAAAAUCGUCCAGGAAAGAGGAGCAAAAGUAAUUGAAAUGAGAAAGGCAUCGUCAGCUGCGUCUGCAGCUAAAGCAAUUGUCGACCACUUCAGAGACUGGACUUUGGGGACUGACAAAGAGAAAAUCGUGUGUAUGGGAAUUUAUAGCGAAGGACAGUACGGGAUCCCAAAAGGAAUCUUCUUCUCAAUGCCAGUCAUCUGUUAUGGCGGUGAAUAUCACGUUGUAGACGACUUGGUCCUUGACCCAAGUACUAAAGAAAUGCUUAAAAACUCCGAAGAGGAGUUGAUCGAAGAAAAGAAACUUGAAUUGGCUUUUGAAGAGAUUAAACAAAUGUCACACGUGCAUGAGUGA